ACGAAAUUGCAGGACAUGUUGUUGGUCCACGGACUUUCAUAUAAAAGCCCAGGAUAUUGCCAAGAACAUCACAGUUGGUUCUUCCACCUCAGAGAAGAUCGUCUAGAAGUCAACACCUCACAAAGAGCAAUCAACCCUCACAAAAUAAAAACAAUGGUGUCCGCGUGGGUAAUCUCUGCCAUCCUCCUUAUCGUCAUCAUCGCCAACUUGAGUGUGGAUGCAGCUUACAGAAAGCCUCCCUUCAAUGGAAGCAUAUUCGGCAAACGGUCCAGCACUGCAUCUGAUUACGAAGUGAUCAACCGAGCUCUCAGCAACAUGUGCGAAGUGGCCAGCGAAACCUGCAAUGCUUGGCUCAUGCACCAGGACUCCAACUAAAGAUUAUUUACCGACCGCUGGGCUCUCAUUCACUGAUAAGACCAUUAUUAUUUGAAUGUUACUGUGUUACCAAAUCUCGAUAAGUUUUAUGAAACUGAUUCAUUCAUCCUCUGACAUUUUUUCUACUAAAGUGGUAAUGAUCCCUCUCAUGGCAGACCUAAAUCCACACAUCUAUAAGACCAAAUAUAUUAACCAAUGGAGCUGCAUUACAUAUUAUAUAUGUGCGUAGGUACUUUUGUUGGCUUUAGAAUUAGACAUAAAAAUGCUAAUUAUGUAGAGAUGAAAUUUUAAUAAAAUAUUAUCAACGAAGCUGA